AUGUUGGCAAUCGCCAACUUGAGCAAUUCACGCGUCUUGCGUCUGAUCGUCCCCAUUGUCGUGAUUCUUUCACUCGUGUGCACUUUCUAUGCGGAUUGGAAGCCUGUACAAAAGAUCAUUCCCAGCUCAAUCCCCCCAUCGGUGGUCCCUGCGACCAGUGACCUAAGUCCAGCCUCAACUCCACAAAUUUCUGAGAAAGCUUCGCCCAGCAAAUCCAAAUUUCAUGACUCAAACGCCAAUACUUCGAUCGCUAAUAUUCCGGAUAAAGUCUGGCAUUCCGCCAAAGCAGAUGACAUCUCGGAAACUCAGCGCAAAUGGGUGAAUAGCUGGUCAAGCAUCACUCCUCAAUGUCGCCAAGAAUUGCUGACCCACCGAUCUGGCGAGGCGUUUGUUCGCGCCUACUACCAGGAGACUCGGCCAGAUAUUGUCGAAGUCAUCGAGUCUCUUUCCAUUCCCAUUUUACGGGCAGAUCUUCUUCGGUAUUUGAUUGUUCUCGCGGAGGGCGGGUACUGGAGUGAUCUAGAUGUCACUCUGGAAAAGCCGCUUUCCGAAUGGGUGCCUGCGGAGUACAAGGAUCGGAAUAUCGAUAUGAUUGUUGGGUUGGAAUUCGAUUUCGCGUACCGUGGCCCCGAAGCUGAGGUCGCUUCUCAAUUUUGCAACUGGGUGUUUGCAGCACAGCCGUCAUCUCGCAACCUGCUUGUGAUUGUGAACACUGUCAUCAACAAGUUGAAGGAGAUUGCAAAGACCAACAAGGUGUCUAUCUCUGGUAUCAAAAUAGAGAUGCUCACGGAUGUGGUGAAUGUGACUGGACCUAAGAUCAUGACGAUUUCGAUCUUAGAAAGCCUAGGACAGUUGCUCGGUAGGACCGUUGAUGAUCGCGACUUCUCGGGGAUCAAACACCCGAAGCUGGUCGGUGAUGUCUUGAUCAUGCCCGGUGUGUCCUUUGCGGCGUCCCAAAACGGAUUCCCUACAGAUCAAGGUGAUGCACUUGUGACACAUCAUUAUGAGGGUUCGUGGAAGCAGGCAGAUGCAGAAGCUAAAGAAAGAAAGAAGCAAAAGGAGCAAGAAGAUCAUGGUGUACAAAGUCAGCAAGGAUGA